AUGCCGGAAUACUGGAGUGCAAAGCUGAGCAACCAGGGGCUCCUGUUUGAGGCUCCCGAGCCCAACGGUCGCGGUAUCUUCGUCUCGCACCGCGAGGACUUCGUGCUUCGGCUGAACCGCAGCGACCAUCUGCAGCUCCUCAUGCCCUGGAACUCAGCGGAGGUGGACAGCGUGUCCCAGUCGCUGACGCAGCAACUAGGGCUGGAUACGGGCGCUACGCAAGUAUCGCAGCAUUAG